AUGAACCCAGUAGGUUCUAUUUAUACAUCUAUGGAAGCAAGAGGUCCUCAAGUAAUGUUUGGUGUUGGUGCAUGGGAACAAAUAGUUGACAGGUUUUUGUAUUGUGCAAACUCUUCAAAGGAAACAGGAGGAAGUAAAACGAUUUCAGGUGAAAAUUUACCUGCGCACAGUCACUACAUAGAUUUAAGUACAUCUCAAGCAGGUUGGCAUAAGCAUAAAUUUUGGGAUUGGUCAGCAAUGAAAAAAGGUAAAGGAUAUGAUGUUAAAGACGACGUUCAGUUUGCUAUAAAUUGUUUCUGGGGUGACACUCAGGGAGAUGGAAACCAUACACAUCACGUUUCAGGAUAUACGCAAACAACGGGACAAAGUAAAGAAUACAUGCCACCUUACAUGACAGUUUACGCAUGGUAUAGAAAUGCUUAG